AUGGGUGAAGAGGAAAAAAAGAAACAUCCAUUUGAUGAACUUAAAUUAGAUGAAUCAAUAAUAUUUUCAUUAUAUAUUCAGAAAUAUUUUUUUUGUGCUAAUAUUCAAAAGAAAACCAUACCUCCUUUAAUAAAUAAAGAAAAUGUUUUAUUACAUUCACAAACAGGGAGUGGUAAAACCUUAUGUUUUGUUAUACCUAUAUUACAACAUUUAAUAAAUCAUAGAAAUAAAUUAUAUCCAUAUGAUGAUAAGUUUAUAAAAAAGAAUGAGUUAUUAAACAAGAAAAGUGUUAAUGACACAGUUGCAUAUAAUAAGGAUCAAAUUGAACGUAUAUAUAAAUCUGUUGAAAAUAUAAAUAUAGAAAAAAAAAAUGCAUAUAUAGACGUAGAUAUAGAUAUAGGCAACUUUCUUUUAUAUACGCAUAAUAUGUUAAGGAAUACAAACCAAAUGGAUAUAUCAAAAAAAGUUGAAACAAAUCAAAAUGAUAAUAAGACUAUGGCAUAUAACGAGCCAACAAGUGAUAAUCAAGUCAAUAUAAUUAAAAAGGAUGAAAUAAAUAUUCAAAAUAAUAAUAAUAAUAAUAAGGAAGAAUAUAUUAGAAAGGAUGAUUUAAAAAAUAUUACUUCUUCUACAACAUGUAAUGGUAACUAUAAGGAUGACAAGCACGAAACAAAUAAAGACAAAUAUAAGGAAAUAAAUACCCAUACAAAUAAUCAAACGAACAAAUCACAUAAUAUUAAUGGUGAAAAAAAAAAAAAAAAAAAAUUACUAAAUGUACAAGCCAUUAUAAUAACACCAACAAGAGAAUUAUGCAUACAAAUUUAUAAUUUAUUAAAUAAAUUUUUAUUCUUCCUCAGAUUUUAUAUUUCUCAUACCUUAAAUAAUAAUAUAGAUGAUAACAAUAUAUUAACGAAAGAAAACUUUUUUAUUAAUUGUCUACUUUUUAGAGGGGCGGUUAAAAUUAGUGAGGACAUAAAAAUUAUAGAAAAUGAAAUAUUAAAAAAUGAGAGAUAUCAAAUAAUAAUAUCAACCCCAGGGAAAUUAUGUUCUUUAUUAAAUGAAUAUAAUAAUAAAUAUUUUAAUACAAAGGAAUUAACAUAUUUUGUAUUGGAUGAAGGAGAUAAAUUAUUAGAAGAUAGUUAUAUUAGUUAUAUGGAAAAUAUUAUAAAAAAUAUAGAAACAUAUGAGUAUACAACAUGUAUUUGUAGUGCAACAUGUUUACAAGAAGAAAAUGUAUAUAAUUUAUUUCAAGUAAAAAAAAAAAAUUUUAUAAAAUGUAUUAAUACAGAUAAAAAAGAUAAUUCAUCAAAUGUAAUAAAUACAUAUGAAAUGCCUGAUGGUAUAGAAAACUAUUAUAUUAUAUUAAGAAAUAUAGAUAAAGCAUUGUUUUUAUUUAAAUUUUUAAAUACCAUCGUUAAUGAUAAUGAGACGGUUAUAAUAUUUUUCCCUACAUGUUUAUGUGUUGAAUUCUUUUUUCAUUUAUUCAAAAAUAUUUUUAAUACACCAAAAAAAGGGAAUAAACAAAAUGAACAUAAUAAAAAUAUAGAUAAUAUCAGUGUGAAUAAUAAUAUUGAUUAUAUAUUCCAACUGAACUCAAAGUAUAAUAAUAUAUUUAGUGACACAGAUAUGGCUAAUUUUAUAAAACUCAUUUGUUAUAUGAACAAAUACAUAGGGGAAAAGAAAAAUAAUUUUAACUUUUUAAAAAUACAUAGAAAAAUGAAAGAUAAAAAAAGAGUGGCCACAUAUAAUAAAAUUAUUAAUACAUAUGUAUCAAAGAAAAAUACAAAGAACAAAGAAAAAGGAAAUAUAAAUAAUGAAAAGAAAAUUAUUUUUUGUACAGAUAUUAUAAGCAGGGGUAUAAAUAUGGAUAUACAUUGGGUUAUAAACUACGAUGUAGCAAAUAAAAAUAUGACAUAUAUUCAUAGAAGUGGUAGGACUGGAAGAUUUGAUAAAACAGGUAAAAAUAUUAUCUUUCUAAAUAAAGAAGAAAAAGAAUAUAUAUACUUUUUAAAAAAUAAGAAUGUUCAUGUUGUGAAUUUUAAAAAAACAAACAUGUUUCAACAUAUGAUUAAUUUUGAAAAGACAUUAUUAGAAAGCGAGGAUAUCAUAAAUAAAGAUGCUUUACAAAUGAUCGAAAAUAAUGAGAAUGAAAAAAAAAUUAAGAUUAGAUUAAAUAAGAACUCUUUUUUUAAUAUAUAUCCUCAAAUUUUAUAUGAUAAAAAACAUAUAGAAAAUGACAAAAAGGAAAAUAUACAAAUACAAAAAGGAGAACAAACAAAAAAAAACAUAAAUAACUUAUUAAUUUUAAAUAAAAAAUUGGUCAUGUUCUUUUUAAAAUAUAUAACUUUUUUUGUCAUAGAAAAUAGAGAAAUAUAUUUACUCUCAACGAAAGCCUUUUUAUCCUAUAUAGAAUUUUAUAAAAACCAUCAAUUAAAAUUUAUUUUUUCAUUCAAUAAAUUAAAUUUAACACACCUAUGUUAUGCAUUCAGCUUGAUAAAAAUUCCCAAGUUUAAAGAGAAAUCUCAAAUAAAAAAUUUCCAAAAAAUAAACAUUCAGUCAUUUCAAAUACCAUACAAAAAUCAAGAAAAGGAAAAGAAAAGACAAGAACAUUUGAAAGAAAAAAAAAUUGAUAUAACAACACAAGAACAAAAAAAAAAAGGAAAUGAAAUAAAAAUGCAAAAAAAGAAAAAAAGAAAAACUAUUGUCCAGAGAAAACAUGAACAAAGAGAAAUAGAAGAAAAUGAAAUCGAUUCUUUAUUUUAUGAAGAAAAUCUAUACAAAAAAUUAAAAAAAAAAAAAAUUACAAAAGAUGAAUAUGAUAGACUUUUAAAUAUGGAUGAUAUUGAUAAAAUGUUUUCGUCUACAUCCAAAACAUCAAAAUAUACAAAUCUAACCAAUAGUACACAUUUUUUUAAAUCCAAUCGAAAAAAAAGUAAAAAAAGAAUGAAGACCUAUAAUAUAAAGAUAAAGAAAAACAAAAGAAAGAAAAAAAAAAGGUCAAAGGGAUAA